AUGCCUCUCCCCAAGUCUGAGUACAUUAGCGACAUCUGGAAGGAGGGAAUCUUCGCCAACAAGGUCAUCUUCUGCACAGGUGGAGCAGGCACAAUCUGUAGUGCCCAGGUUCGCGCCUUGGUUCAUCUCGGAGCCAACGCCUGUAUCAUCGGUCGCAAUGUCGAGAAAACAGAGCGCGUCGCUAAGGAUAUUGCCACAUGCCGCCCUGGAGCCAAGGUCAUUGGCAUUGGCGCCGUUGAUGUUCGAAACUUCAACGAUUUGAAGAGCGCCGCCGAGCGCUGUGUCAAGGAGCUCGGUGGCAUCGACUAUGUCAUUGCCGGCGCUGCAGGUAACUUCCUCGCCUCUAUUGAGCAACUCUCAGUCAACGCGUUCAAGUCUGUCAUGGAUAUUGACGUGAUUGGAUCUUACAACACCCUCAAGGCCACUCUGCCCUACCUGGUCGAGUCUGGCGGUAAGCACAGAAUGGAUUCAGAGACCCUCCAGCCAGCCGCUGGUGGAACCGGUGGUAGAAUCAUCUUCGUUAGCGCAACUAUCCACUACCGCGGCAUGCCCUUCCAAACCCAUGUCUCGGUAGCCAAGGCCGGCAUCGACUCUUUGUCUAAUGCCGUGGCCAUUGAAUACGGACCUCGGGGUGUGACUUCUAACAUUAUUUCCCCUGGCCCUAUCGCCCAGACAGAGGGCUUGGAACGUCUGCUCCCAUCCGACGCUAAGGCUGCCUACACCAAGGCCCAGCCUCUUGGUCGCUUCGGGCACGUUCGCGAUAUUGCGGAUGCGACCGUCUAUCUUUUCUCUGAUGGUGGUAGCUAUGUCACCGGCCAGACCCUUGUUGUCGACGGUGCGAACUGGCGCAUGUCCGGUGGCCUUGCGACCAACGGAAACCUGCAAUACCCCGAUUUCCUUUUGUCCGGAGAGGAGGUUGCCAAUGUGACGGGCAAGAAGAAGUCGAAGCUUUGA